AUUUACUUUAUUCAAUUGAAGUAACUAGCAGCGUUUGGACACCAAGGAGCUUUUCGAGGAGACUAGCGAGAAAGCAGAUAAGCCACCAUGUCCACACAGCAAGCGGAGAACGAGGAGAGUGCAGCGGCGAAGUCCAAGCGACCUUCAGAUUCGGCCUUCAAGCAGCAGCGCCUGCCCGCCUGGCAGCCCGUCCUGACCGCCCGCACCGUACUACCCACCUUCUUCGUUAUCGGAGUACUAUUCAUACCCAUCGGCGUGGUCCUCCUCCACCUGAGCAACACCGCCAACGAGCUGAUCAUCGACUACACCAAGUGCAGAAGCUCGGGCGGAAAUACCACAUGUGCGGAGUAUCUGGAGGCCCAUCCCGGCGGGGAUUGCACCUGCCAGGUGCCCUUCGUCCUGCCCUCGGACUUCAAUGGUGUGGUAUACAUGUACUACGGACUGACCAACUACUAUCAGAACCAUCGGCGCUAUGUGAAGUCACGGGACGACGAGCAGCUGCUGGGUCACCUGUCGCAAACGCCCAGCACGGACUGUGCCCCCUUCGCCUAUGAUCCCGAUUCCGGAAAGCCCAUCGCGCCCUGCGGUGCCAUUGCCAACUCGCUGUUCAAUGACACGCUGACCCUCUUGCAGGGUGGAUCCGAGAUCAAGCUGCUGAAGACGGGCAUUGCCUGGCCGUCGGACAAGCGCGUCAAGUUCCGUAACCCGGAGGGUAACCUGAACGUCUCCCUUGAGGGCUUCUCGAAGCCAAUGUUCUGGAAGAAUGGCCUGGCCGACCUGGACCCGGAGAAUCCGGACAACAAUGGCUUCCAGAACGAGGAUCUGAUCGUGUGGAUGCGCACCGCCGCUCUUCCCAGCUUCCGGAAGCUAUAUCGCCGUCUCAACCAAUCGAACACCAACUAUGCCAAUGGCCUCAAGGCUGGCAAUUAUACGCUUAACAUUACGUAUCAAUAUCCGGUGGUGUCGUUCGACGGCACGAAGCGAAUGAUACUCUCCACCACAUCCGUGCUCGGUGGCAAGAACCCGUUCCUGGGCAUUGCCUACAUUGUGAUCGGUGCCAUUUGCAUCACACUGGGCCUGGCCCUGCUAUUUAUUCAUAUGCGAUGCAGUCGCAGCAACAUGGAGAUGAUCAACGUGAACCCGCACACUCAGUACUCCUAGACCGAGCACCGUCAGUAUUCCGGGCCGCUUCACUUAGCUUUAGUAGAUCCAUUUGUUUAAGCCUUAUCAGCAUAAAAUAGUUUCUAUUAACCCAUUUCUACUAACGUGUUCUCGACUGCUCUUCUGUUCUUUAUGUUUUCUAACUGUGUGCACUUGGCCACGCGAUGAGCUGGCCAAGUGCCUUUUGUUGAUGUUCUGUUCGUCCUUGAUAUCCUAUAUGUGUGCACACAAAUUGUGAUCUUUUGUAUAACCUAUUCUGCCGCACAUCACACACAACAGAAAAACAGUGGGCGCCCUUUGCAACAUCCACACGAAUUUCCACCAUUGCUUUACAAACAGCAAAGUAAUACUUUGUGCCUGACUUAAUCUGCAUUGCCUUUUACUACGUUUAUACGCGCAAAUAAACAUUGUUAAUGGCAUA